GCACAGGAGCAACAGAUCUGAGCGCAUGCGCAUUUCAUUGUUUUGACUGAAAAUGCCGUCGGUUUCGAAAACGGCGGCCAAUGCGUCUCCUCAAACCGAGAAACCUACCCACUAUACAUAUUUGAAGGAGUUUCGGACAGAGCAGUGCCCCUUGUUCCUCCAGCACAAGUGUACGCAGCACAGACCCUUUACGUGCUUUCAUUGGCAUUUUCUCAACCAGCGAAGACGGCGACCCAUCAGACGUAGAGACGGGACAUUUAACUACAGCCCUGACGUCUACUGCACUAAAUACGACGAGACCACAGGAAUCUGCCCCGAUGGAGACGACUGUCCCUAUCUACACCGGACGACUGGUGACACCGAGCGCAAGUACCAUCUCCGCUAUUACAAGACAGGCACUUGUAUCCACGAGACAGAUGCUCGGGGGCACUGUGUGAAGAAUGGGCUCCACUGUGCAUUCGCUCAUGGGCCACACGACCUCCGGCCUCCUGUCUAUGAUAUCAGAGAGAUACAAGCACAAGAAGCUCUUCAGAAUGGACAGCUGGGAUCAGGUGAAGGCAUCCCCGACCUGCAGCCUGGUGUUUUAGCAAGUCAAGCUAUGAUUGAGAAGACCUUAACAGAAGACCCACGCUGGCAAGAUACCAAUUUUGUUUUAGCCAAUUAUAAAACAGACCAGUGUACUAAGCCCCCUAGACUAUGCAGACAGGGCUAUGCCUGUCCCCAUUACCACAACAGUAGAGAUCGAAGACGAAAUCCUCGAAAGUUCAAAUACAGGUCAACUCCGUGUCCAAAUGUGAAACAUGGAGAUGAGUGGGGUGAGCCUUCCAAGUGUGAUAGUGGAGACAGCUGUCAGUAUUGUCACUCUCGCACAGAGCAGCAGUUUCACCCAGAGAUCUACAAAUCUACAAAAUGCAAUGAUAUGAGGCAAACUGGAUACUGUCCCAGAGGACCAUUUUGUGCAUUUGCACAUGUAGAAAGAAUCCCCUCUACAGAAGAGACCAUGAGUUCUUUGCUAACAGCGAUACAGUCAAGCUCUCAGUCGCAGCUGGGCUCUCAGCAGUAUUCAGAAUGUCCCACCAGCGACUGGACCAGUGGGGGCAACUCCAGCACCCCCAGUAGCAACGGUGUAGGAAGUGUUUCAUGUUCAAAUAGCUCAACUUUAACUACCAGCUCAGAAAGCGACAGUUUGUUAUCCCCGGUCGGCUCCAUCAGCCGGCCCAAAUCUUUAACUAACAAUAGUUUAUGCUCAGAGUCCACCACAUCCAGUGUCUCAUCUCUGACGUCUAACUAUCCCAAAGCACCAGGCUUUGAACGUGAGGAUCAGAUUAAGAACAAGGGUCAAGGAGAGUCAAAACUGAUGGACCAAGAAAGGACACAAAAUACUGUAUUCUCAGCUGUAAACGCUUUGGCAUCCAGCUUUACCUCCAGUAUCACAUCUAGCUUAGCCUCCAGUAUUGGCUCAGAUAGUUCUUCACCCACCACCUUAUCCACCAUGAAUGCAAAAGCCACACCAUUCUACCCAGGGAGCAACACAGUGGAGUCUGUUAUAGGAUCUGCCCUAGACCUCAACUUUAGUGACAUCAAUGUUGCGUCUCUUGAUAAGGAGCUAGAAGAACAGGACCAUAAUUUGGGGUUGGGAGGUCGUCGCAUGCUCAGUGGAUCUGCUCCUGUUAACAUUCCUGGUUCUCUCGGGCGUUCGUCCUCAUUUAACUCUUCAUCCUCACUGUCCACUUCCCCUCUGAGUUCCCUCUCCCAUUCCCUGUCCCAGUCUCUCCUGUCUGCGGCAAUUAAUCAACAAAAUCAGCCUGCAGCCAUGUUGGCCAAGCAAGAGCAUGGUCUUCUAGGAACUCCAACUUCUUCUACUCAGAAUUUGGGGUUGAAUGGCGGCUCAAGCAGCAUUUGGGAUUUCGCAAGCGGCAAUUUCUCCCCUAGUCCAUCCCCUGUGUACAGCAGCCUGACCUCAGCAGCAGGCAGUGCAGAUGUGAACCGCCUCUUCAGAGAGUUGGAGGAAGCCAAGAGGAAGAUCAAACAAUGGGAAGAAACAUGGCACCAGGUCAAACAGGCCUGCGAAGCCUGUCAAAAAGAUGCUCAUGAAGCAAAGGAACAAGCAAAAACAGCUGAGGCGGAGCGGCAGCUAGCAGAGCAGAAGUGGGAGGAAACCGAACGCAAGCUGAAGGAGCUCCAAGGGGACUUUGACGUACUCUGCCGCACGCCGGGAACGCCUCUCCUGCGCAGCUACGGAGAGCUCGAGCAACUCCCUUUGUCUAAGCUCCACUCCCUCAAGAGUCAACUGCGCAAUGACCUAGACCUAAUAGACGGGGUAAUAUAUCAGCUUCAGUCAAAGAAAUGUAUAGUUUGCCAAAAGCAUGAUCGUUGCGUUGUUCUGCAGCCUUGCCAACAUUAUGUACUAUGUGAGAACUGUGCGUCUAGUAAAGCCGAAUGCCCCUACUGUAGAACAAAAAUAUUAAAAUGGUGAUAUACAAUUAAUCGAGGUACUAUUUAAAAACCUAGCUCUUUGAAAACUACUAAUGUAUAUUUACACUUUAUAUACAGUAUAACAAUGUCAGUUUUCUACAAUUAAUAAUUUUAUUUGAUAUUAAAUGAUGUUUGACUGAUGGUGUUUUCAAAGACAUUUAACUUUUGCCUGUUUUAUGUGUACUUCACCCAAUUUAAUCUUUUACAUAAAAAGCCAUAGAACAAAUUUCCUUACAAAAUGCAAUAUUACAUUUGACACUAAACUAAUAAAUGGUUAUGCACUCAUUACAGUUAUUAUGAUUUAUGUACAGAAUUUAAAGUACUUGUUCUAUUCUAUUGCCUUUUCAUUGUUGUAUAAAUUGUACAAAUAAUGGCACUCAGCAUAAUCUUAUCCAAAUGCACUUCUGAUUUCACUUUGAUUGUAUUUUGUAGUUGAGAUAAAUGUGCAAAACGUUUGAUUAUUUUGAAAUGGACUGUCAUAUUAUUAGUAAUUUAUAAAAUACAUUCUCAUACUGUUUUUUUUGUUUUUUUUUAUUCACAUUUUGUCCCAUGGAAAAUUUGAAAAACCUUUACCAGCACACUGGUAGACAUAAAAUGGGCAAAAGAAAUACAAGAACUAUAUACAAUUUUCCAUGAAACAAGUAGUUAUAUUUAUUUGAAUGUAAUGUAAAUGAACAUGUCAAGGCAGUUAUUUAAUGAUGGUUAAUGAGACAUUACAUGUUAGUUAAUGUGGGGUUUCCUCUUAAAUUUGUGUAGACUUUUCAAACACACUCAUUUUAAAAAGCCAUUCAGUCAGCCAUCAUAAUAUUGACCAACUCUCUGAAGAACCUUGUUUUCUUAUUAAAGCACUUUGUUAAUGUGGGACUAUGUUAAGGGUUUAGAUAUUUGCUUUAAGCUGCUUUUUAGGUAUUCUUUUGUGUCUUUUGUAGAUUUAUACUUUUUUCUAUAAGCUAUUGUCUGAAGCUUUUGUGUGUACUGUGAAAGUAAUUAGAUUUUUUUUUGUUUUUAUGUUUUCUAUUAGUAAAUCAUGGCAUGGUUCUACAUAUUAAGAUUUCAUAGAACGUACUACAUAGUUUAUAAUGCUUUUUCAUAGAUUUUUAAAUUUUCAAUCAAAUAAGUGCAAAUUUACAAUGCAUAUUAGGCAUAACCAGCAGCUGUAAUAUCAGUAAGGCACAUUUUACAUGUUAAGGCUGUUAUUCAAUCAUUUAGUUUAGUUGUGUAAAGAUUUCUAUAGCCUAUCUAUUAGAGAGCAUGUAUUAGCUGCCGAAUAUGGCAAGUUUUUUAUAUAUAACUAUAAUAGCCUCCUGACCUUGAAUAGAACAUAUUUCAAAAGUGCCUUGCCUUAGUUCUAAAUGAAAUAAAUGUACAUGGUGAAGCAAACACAAAUAGUUGAAGCUUGUGCACAGGUCUCUGCAAAUAACAUGUUUAUAGAGAAAAAAAAAACAAAACGGUAAUUUGGGCAAUUGCAUCCAGUGUCCGAGUUAAAGAUCAUUGUAAACAGACAUUUGCCAGUGCCUGUGUCCUGACUUUGACCCUUUUCAAGAGCCCCCACCUUCGCCCCAAAUCCAUUCCUAGGUCGUGGUGCUCUUUUGGUGCAGCUUCAGUCAAGUUAGUUUUUACAAUUCAAUUUCGGGAGUAUGCAAAUAGAGUAUAGCAACAUCUAUAAAUGGUUUUUAAACAGUUGACAGCUGUAAUUGUAACAUAUUUCAGCAUUGAAUGAAGAAUUGUGUGUUAACUUGUAACAUUUUACAUAGACCUUGUGCAUAGUCUAAUUGAAAUGACCUUCUACUGUGUUUAUUCUUGCUUUAAAUUCAAUAGAACAUUUAUCUCCAGGUAUACCUUUUGCUUCUUAUAACUAUAGGAAGAUGUAUUGUUUACAUUCACUCAAAUGACAAGUACACAACUCAGAGGACAUAUGUAAAGGCUAUGGUAUUUUCGCAUAUUACUGAUUACAAUACAUCAUUAAGCAGGCUAAGCACUUCUGGUAUUGCAUGUUAUGCGAUAUAAUAACCAGCUAUGUGUUAUAAAAAGAAAAAAAAAGUUAAAAAUAAUCGCACUGUGUCACACUGCCAGAAUAUUUGUAUGGAGUUAUUUUUAGAGUAGUUACGGCUUACAUUUUCAGCAAGCUUUGCUGCUUCUGGAAAAAAGGUAUUAUUGUAGUUCUUGUAAUACAUUUAGAUGUUUGAAUGUUGUGCAUCCACAGCUCAGAUUCCACAAACUAUGAAAAAUAUGAUUGUUAUUCUGUGUAAUGCGUCUGUUUGAGUACAAUGGCUUAGAAUGAUGUCAUAGACCUGUUCUGCUCUAGAUGAACCCUUUUCGAGUAAUUCAAAGUUAGUGUGUAUUUGUUGCGUUGUUUCCCUGUAAAGCUGUUCGCAGGGUCUUUUGGUCAACGUUUUUGCCCGUGAAGCCAACUAAAUUAAUGAUGUCUUUUGUGAAUUUCUCAAAACAAACCAAAGUGGUGUUCAAGUAGCUCUGUAAUCUGAAGAUUUUGACCGCAGGUCAGAGGGGAGAGGUCAAGGGCAGCUCUGUUUGUAUAAGUCUAGGAAUGUUUUGAUUGGAUCUUACUGUCAAAUGCAAUGUGCCAGGAGACAGCCUUUAAAAGUAAGAGUUAUGCCACUGGCUUAUGUUAUUGGACUUGCAGUUUUACCAAAGACCUGUAAUAUUCCUUUCUUUGCAUUGCAUUUCAUGAAUUUUAUUUGUGGCAAAUCUAAUUUGGAGUAAAUCACCUAGUACCUUAAUUGAGACUAGUUAAAAUUUCUAUCCUUAUAGUUUGAGUUCAUCAAAAGCAUGUGUCAGAUUGCCACAAAAGUGUAUUGUACAUUUCAUUUCAGUUAGGUUUAAAUACAGUGGUGUAAGUGGCAGAUUUGAGCACACAGACAUGCUGACCUUAUGCGGUUAGAGUGGUUAACUGUCUAUAGUGAAGAAAUAUGAAUGACAUUUAUUUAUCUAGAGUGGCCAUAUAAACUUCAAUACUGUACCAUAUUGAAGUUAAUUUGUUGGUUGGCUUUACAGAACCUAUUCUCAUUUGUUUCUGAUGUAUAGCAUUUUCUGCUGUUUUAAUUGGCCUACAGUGACUGUAAGGUGCUCUUUUAUCUGACUGCGUUUCCAUGUCCUCAAGCUGUGGUCCAAAUUGGUUCUCUAUAUUGUAAAGUGAAACGGGGCAUAUGAUUGUGAUGAGCAUCAAUGGCAGAUACAGACAAAAUAAAAGAUAAAAAUGGACUAUUACGAAUGUGGAAAACGGUGCAAAAAAAACUUUUCAUAGAUCUUUUCAAAGGACCAAUUACCCAUAACUCUUAGAUUGUGCCUUGUUUGAAAUUUUGCUUUUAUAUUGAUUAAAUACUAUUAUAGUUGGAGUCAGUUAGAAAAAAAAAAAUCAGAAUAAAAGACUCAGUGCCUUAAAAUGUGUGAUUCUAAAAAUGUGACAAUGCCCCCUUUGCAUUAUGACCACUUAAGAUAAGGCCUAAUUUAGAUUUUUUUUUAAGGAAAAACUGGUGAAGAAAUAUCUGGCGCAGUCUGUAUUUGCCAUGCCAUAAAAACAGCAAUACAUAACUUACAGAGUUUGAUUUCAAUUAGGAGACAAAAACAAUUGUCCUUAAGAAAAGCACCAAAUGGUGGGAAUUUUGUAAAUGAACUGUAAUUGAUGUAUCGUUAUGAUCUGCAGCAGAAUAGCUGAUUCUAUUUUGCAUUAUUGUUAGUUAGUUAGUUGUUAUGUUGUCUUUUUGUUUUUAAUAUUAUAAAAUGGAGCCUAAAACAUUUAUGCAAUCUUGUACAUGUUUAUGAGUAUAAUGUAUGAAGCUGUUCAAAUUAAGUGAAAAUAUUGCAGGUGUUGUCAGACAGAAUACUUUUAAAAUGGAAACAAAUGUUCCAUAUUGUUUAGGAUUUUUUUUUGCGUUGAAGCCCUAAAACAUUGAAUGUAUUGUUCUAAAUUAGAUAUUUAAAUAAUAGGUCACUGGAAUAUUACAGAGCGCAGUAAAUUCAUUAUGAUGUAGCAUUUAGUUGUGAACUGCUAUUAAAUAAAAAUUUAUUAGAAAUAAAGUUUUCACGUUUCUAUUUGUCAGUUUAGAAAAAAAAAAAGUAUUUUUCAUGAAUAUACAGCAAUGAUGAUGCAGAAUAUGUAAUGUGUAACAAAUUAGCAUUUCAAUAAAUUUAAUGCAAGUGGGUAAAGACAAUGUUUAUUUGUAACAAACUAUGGAUAUGUUGGAAAUACUUUGAUUAUUGUAGAAAUAACUGUUGGUAUAAUGCGAUGUUUUGUGUUGUGAACACAAAAUAGGUGCAAGUUUUAGGAUAUUAGAUAUUGCUUUUCUACAUCAAGGGUUGUGUAUGGCAUAUUCUCUGUAGUGUAUUACUAGUUUGUUAACACUUGAUAUUUGUUACACUACAGUUAUGCAAUGGUUUACAGAAUUCUAUCAUAUUGACAAUUAAAAUAAGUUUUCAUCUGAAA